AUGGAUGUGGACAAUUGUGCCGAGUGUGGUGAAGAAUACAUAGCGUACUGGAAUAUAAACAAUUGGCAAAAAUCGGAUAACGAAUUAAUUGCCCUCAAAAGUUUAGGCUUUUCUCAAGAAAUUAACGAAGACUUUUUUGCAGAGGAUCUUAAUAAGGAAGAAUUUCAAAAUUCUGAUGAAAUAAGACGCAAAUUCUUAGCAGAAGGUACCCGAUCAAAUGUUGGGAUCCAUAAAGAUGCAGUUUACAAAAGUCGGUUAUUGAAAUACGACGGUCUUCCAGAACCGUUUAAUCAGCUUCCAGAUUCCCGUCAAAUUGAAUUCACGAUGCCUCUGGAUUUUUUGUAG